AUGACGACGACAUUCUUCAACAAGUAUUUCCCACACCAUAAGACCAACAAUUUGAAACGACAGAUCUCAAAUUUCGCUCAGAAGGAAAAUGAAACUCUCUAUCAAGCUUGGGAGCGUUUUAAAGAUCUGUUAAAUCUGUGUCCCCACCAUGGAUAUGAAAGUUGGCGCCUCGUAAGCUAUUUCUAUGAUGGACUCACAAUCCGAGAGUGCCAAUUUGUUGAGAUGAUGUGCAAUGGAGAUUUUCUCCAGAAGGAUCCUGACGAAGCUAUCGAGUACUUGAAUGAGUUAGCUGAGAAAGCUCAUACUUGGACUGGACCGAGUGCUACUGAGAGCACCGGUAGGUCCCGACCAGCUAGAGUUUAUCAAUUGAGGGAAGAGGAUAGCCUUAAGGCCCAAGUUGAAGCUUUGACAAAGCAAAUUGAGGCCCUCAAAAGUAAAGAUAGUAAAGGACCCAACAUGGUGGCAAGAACAGAGGCACAUGAGCUUUGUUUAGUUUGUGGUGGAAUGGGCCAUCUAGCUCAGGAUUGCCACACUUUAAGUGAAAUGAGAGGGGUAUACAAGGAGCAGUGCAACGCUUUGGGCGUAUAUGGAAAACCAUAUACACCUUUCUCGGAGACUUAUAAUCCUGGUUGGAAAAACCACCCGAAUUUCAGUUGGCGAGAUUCGAACCAACAAGCACAAUCAUCCGAAGGACAAUGGAGAUCAGAGCAACAAUCUCAACCACCAAGGACAUAUUUUGCGCCUCAGAAUAACAUACAGCCGAAAGGGAAUUCUCUAGAAGAUACCCUAAAAGCUUUUAUGGACACGCAAAAUAAGACGAAUCAAAGGGUUGAUUCGAUGCUCACACAGCUGGUGGAAGAGAACAAGGAAAUAAAAAGUCAUAUCACAAAGCUGAUAGAAGCUUUAACCGUUCAGGAGCGCGGUCAAAAUAUCAAGGAAGUUAAUGCCAUCUCUACUCGAAGUGCUAAGAAUUUAGACACGCCAUCGACAAGUAUAACCACUUCGAGUAAUGAACAAUCGGCUCAGGAGAAGGAAGAGCCAACUAAAAUUCCGGUGAAGGUGCCUUUUCCCCAAGCUCUCCGACCUGCUGGGAAAGUGCCGAAAAAUCAAAGUGAGAUCCUGGAGCACUUGACACAAUUGAAGAUCAAUCUUCCCUUACUACACGUGAUCAAGCAAGUGCCGGCCUAUGCCAAGGUUAUCAAGGAUCUGUGCACCAUAAAGAGAAAGCACCACAUCAAGAAGACUGCAUUCUUGACGGAACAAGUGAGCGCGGUGAUUGAGCAGAAAACACCACCGAAAUAUAAGGAUCCAGGUUGUCCUACCAUUUCUUGCGAGAUCGGGACACAUGAAUUCGGCCAAGCGUUACUAGACCUAGGAUCGAGCAUGAACCUCAUGCCUUAUUCGGUCUACUCACAAUUGGGUCUUGGAGAGAUUAAGCCCACAUUUGUGUUUCUGCAACUGGCCGAUAGAUCCAUUAAGAGACCACGGGGAAUAGUGGAAGAUGUUUUGUUGCAAGUUGACAAGUUUUAUUACCCCGUGGACUUUCUUGUCUUGGAUACACAAUCCGUGGUGGAUAUGGAGUCAUCCAUUCCCAUCAUUUUGGGAAGACCUUUUCUUGCCACAGCAAACGCACUUAUCAAUUGUAGGAAUGGUCUGAUGAAGAUAUCUUUCAGGAAUAUGACCCUUGAGGAGCUCCCAACAGAAGGAGAAAAACUGAAAUCAUCCACCGAGGAGGCUCCAAAAGUCAAGCUAGCCCGACCACCUAAGGGCUUAAAACAUGCAUUCUUGGGAGAUGAAGACACAUUCCCAGUCAUCAUCUCAUCUAAACUCGAUCCAUUGCAAGAACAACGAUUGAUCGACAUGCUGAAAGAGCGCAAUUCUAGGAUCAAGGUAAAAAUGAAAGCGGCUCAUGAUAAGCAGAUCCUAAGGAAGAAUUUCGAGCCAAAUCCAUGGGUUCAUCUCUAUGAUUCCCGUUUGCAUCUCCACCCCGGUAAGUUGAGGUCACGGUGGACUGGCAUGUUCGUAGUAAAACGCAUUUUUCCCAAUGGUGCUGUCGAGGUUAAGGACCCGACCGAUGGGAGAAUAUUUAAAGUAAAUGGCCAGCGUCUAAAAAAUUACUUAGAGCGGGUGAACCAGGUUGAAGAGAUCAUUCUCGACGACCCCGUUUACCAGCCCUGA